AUGGGAUGCCUGAGAGAGGUAAACGAGUUUGCAAGGUACCACAGCAACUAUCUUCAAAGGGCUCUUCAUUCUUUGAGGCAAAAGUUGAAAAGGGAUAAUCCAAAGGUGGUUGUUGCCUACGCUGAUUACUACGAGGCUUUGGAAUCAGUUCUUACUCGUGCUCUGUUUCUUGGAUUCGACCGAGGAUCUUUAUUAAAAUCAUGUUGUGGGAUUGGAGGGAUUUACAACUAUGAUGGUCUGGGGAUGUGCGGAACACCUGGAGUUCCAGUUUGUUGGGAGCUUGAAAAGUACAUAUAUUGGGAUGGAAUUCAUAUGACACGGAAAACUUAUCGCCAUAUGUCUGAGUUUCUGAUCAGUGACAUGUUGUCAUAG